CUGCAGCACGCAGGCUGGGUAAGAGGGGGUUCUCUGUCUGGGCGAAAACGAGAAAGUUCACGCGCCGAGAAUCCGUCUGGAAAACGCCGCACAGAGCCCAUUAGUUCACGGGGUUUGUUUGUUUGUUUAUUUUUUUUUUUUCCCCCUUAAAAAAAUGAGCACGGCUGUGGUGCCGCCUCUGUUCGACUUCAGCGAAGUUAUCAACAACAAGAACAACAAAAUGCUGAAUUACAAUAACAACAUACUUGGUGCUCCACACACCAUGCAUUUGCCUUGCACUGGUGCAAAUCUGACCAUCUCUAACCCCACUGGGAGCCUGCUGGAGAGGAAGGCUGUGGGGGCACCCACCAUCGGUGGGGUUUACCAACGACGGCACUCUGUCACUUUGCCCAGCAACAAGUUCAACCAGAACCAGUUCCUGAGCAACGGGAAAGUGGAUCAGGCAUUGCUUGGCCCUGGGAUGGGCAGCAGCAACAAAGAGAACAGACUCCGAGAUCGUUCUUUCUCAGAGACUGGGGAUCGGCUGAUGCAGAAGUGCACCGGGUCUGGUGUCACUGGAAGCAGUCAGGUGAACUCGAGCCGCUACAAAACAGAGCUGUGCAGGCCAUUUGAAGAGAAUGGUGCAUGCAAGUAUGGUGACAAGUGCCAGUUUGCCCAUGGCAUCCACGAGCUCCGCAGCCUUAGCCGCCACCCUAAGUACAAGACAGAACUCUGCCGCACCUUCCAUACCAUUGGCUUCUGCCCGUAUGGGCCACGCUGCCACUUUAUCCACAAUGCAGAAGAGCGUCGUGGACCUCCAGCUGCUUCAUCCCCACUUUCCACAUGUAACAAGCUGGAGAGGCCUCGGCUCCAGCACAGCUACAGUUUUGCAGGGUUUCCCAGCUCUGGAGGUUUGAGAGACAGCCCCACUUCUGUCACACCUCCACCCAUGUUCUCCCCAGACGAGCUGCCCGAGUGGCCCAGCAGCAAUCCUUUCACUUAUUCCAGCCAGGAGCUGGCCAAUCUCCUCUGCCCUAGCUUGGGUAGUGGAUCUGGUGCUGAUCCCAAUGUUCAUGCACCAUCUUCUCCAUCCAACACCCCUUAUUCCUUUAGGGCCAUGUCAGAGUCUCCCCACCACUUUGAGUCUCCGUCCAGCCAGCCAGACUCCCUCUCUGACCAGGAGGGCUAUCAGAGCAGCUCAGGAGGAAGCUUAAGUGGCUCAGAAUCGCCCAUCCUUGAUAGCACCCGCCGACUGCCCAUCUUCAGCAGGCUGUCCAUUUCGGAUGAUUAAGGUGCAUAAGCUGCAGUCCUUUACUGGAACUCAGCAGUGAGCAUGAGAGGUGAACUUUUCUACCUUCUGCUAAUUCUUUAGCCUUCUAGGGACCUCCCUUUUUAUCAGUUAGGCUUUAAAAAGAUGCAGUCAAUUAAGGGAUCUCCUUUGAAUCUUCAUUUAACCACAACAAGCAAAACCUUUUCCCCUCUCAUUCACUUUGGCCCAAAGCCUGCUGCCUUGGCCUUAUCUCGGAUGCCUUGCCAUGACAUGUGACUGUGCCAAAACAGCUAGAGCAGAGAUUAUUGUACCAGGCACAACGGCAGUGCAUAGGUAAGCCACAGGUGGCAUGUUCAGGGAAAUGUUCUGCUCUGAGGACCCUCCCCCCCACAUAGUACCACUCAAGGACACUUCUAACUAUCUAAAUGGGUUUGCUAGAGUCACUCUUAAAUCAUUUACAGCAGUCUGAUGCAGACUAACAUCAAGAAGAAAAAAAGAGCUUUGGGUUUGAAUGUUGAGGUGAAAGGACUACUGUCACUUUUCAUUAGUUUUUUGCAACCUAGUAUAGUAGCUGUUGCUCUGAGCAUUCUUCUCCUCCCCUUAGUUAGAUGGCAGACUGUCAGUCUGGAGGAUGGACAAAUGAUUCAAAAUGGGAGUUAGAGUAUUUGGCACAUUCUGUUUUUAUUGUGUGCUCCAGAUUGGUCCUAAAACUAGCACAUACCGAGAAGAUUGGAUGCCUUCACUUAAAACCAAACUUCACUGCCCCACCUCUACAGUCCCCAUACUGUGGCUGGUCACUUGGUGUUUCUUGUGAAGGAAUGGCCUAACUGGUGAUUAUCUUAAAACACUGACUUUUUACUCACCUUCCAAUCAGUGAAGGGGAAUUCCAGCAUUCCCAAGGUGCAGCUUCCUGCGAAUUCACUUUAGAUCUUCAAGCUAACUUGCUUUUCCAUAAAAUCUGCUCAAGGGAGCACUUUGUAAUUUCAUCAUAUCUUUCCAUCUCUCUCUAUCUCUUUCUCUCUCUCUCUCUCUCUCUCUCUCUCUCUCUCUCUCUCAUUUCAUUUGACUUCUCGUCAUUGUUAUUAUGGUUAUAUUAUUAUUGUUUGGAAAAGAAAACUUUCAAGACAGAAGGUUUUGCUUGUCACUGCUUAUUUAACUUAUCGAACAUAUUUAUUGGUGAUCAUAUGCAUUUUUUUGUUAAUUUUGUUUGUAUUUAUCUUAAUGAAACGAUAGAAUAUAUUUUCUUUUAUGUUAAAUUAUGAUCUUCUGUAUUAAUCUUAAGAUUGUGAAGACUUGUCAGCUUUUCUUUUUUUUCACAGUUUAAUAUAUUGUACUACAAUGACUUGUUGCAACUACACUUGGAUAAAAAUGAAACUUAAUUUAAAGCAAAAACAAACAAAAAAAAAUCUGUGUUUUGAUUAUUUAUUGUAGAUUUUCCAUUCUUUUUUCCCAAAUAUUGGACUGCAAAACCAUUAGGUCUAAUGUUUCUUUGAUUUAUACUAGUGUGUGACAUCAGUACAUUCAUCUUAUUUUUGUAGUUAAUGUUAUUUUUUUGCCCCCCCACCCCACCCCCCAUUUUUUUGGUUGGUUUAUUAUUAUUUUUAACGUAAGGCAAGAUUGGUUCUUGCAUGUAGCAUUUUCCCCUUAGUGCCAGAGGUGGUAAUGAAAGAUACAGUAUCGAUAAUAUUGGACUGUAUGUUAAAAGCACUAGAUAUCCUGGAACAUGGUUAGCAGAACAUUGUUCCCAGAUACAGUAGCAAGUUUGACUCGAGAUAAUGGCCUUAAAGCUUCUUUCAUUUUAGAUACCACCCUGAAGUGCAUUUUAACGUUUUGUUGAGUGAAGCUGACUGUGGUUGUGAUAUCAAUGCAGGUUACAAAAAUUUCAGUGUUAAAAGCAGUUCCUCCAGUUACGUGUUAAUUAGAUGAAUUGCAGAAAAUAACUGUGACCAAAUGGGUUGGAGAAUAGUUGUCCCUUCUUUUUUUUUUUUUUUGUUUGUUUUUUUGUUUGUUUAAUGAUUGGAUUUUAUUUUAAUACUACUUCCAACCCACAUGUAAAGUGCCUCUUUUUUAUACAUUCCAUUGAGCUUACGCUCCUUGCCUUGAAUAACGAUGCAGAAGCUACGUUUGAGUAGUUAUUUCUCAGUUAUUGAAGAUUGGUUAACAGGAUAGACACAGCGAAAGUAUCUAGCCUAAACUGUUGAAUGUAUUUUUAAACAGCAUUUGCUGUUCACUACAGUAAUUUCUGUGAGUUUAUAUAAAGUUGAUUGCUUUUUUUUUUUAAUGACUGAUUGCAGUUAAAACCAAUAAACCCCAUAUUUUUCAGAAAA